CCCUAUGAAUGCAGUGAAUGUGGGGAAAAAUUCACUCGCAGCUCAGUCCUUAUUAGACACCAGAGAAUCCACACAGGGGAGAGGCCCUAUGAAUGCAGUGUGUGUGGAAAAUGCUUCACUUGCAGCUCAGGCCUUUAUCAACAUCGGAGAAUCCACACAGGGGAGAGGUCCUAUGAAUGCAGUGAGUGUGGAAAAUGCUUCACUGACAGCUCAUCCCUUUCUCAACAUCAGAGAAUCCACACAGGGGAGAGGCCCUAUGAAUGCAGUGAAUGUGGGGGAAAAUUCAGUCGCCGUUCACACCUUAUUACACAUCAGAGAAUCCACACAGGGGAGAGGCCCUAUGAAUGCAGUGAGUGUGGAAAAUGCUUCACUAACAGUUCAGCCCUUUCUCAACAUCAGAGAAUCCACACAGGGGAGAGGCCCUAUGAAUGCAGUGUGUGUGGAAAAUGCUUCACUUGCAGCUCAGGCCUUUAUCAACAUCGGAGAAUCCACACAGGGGAGAGGCCCUAUGAAUGCAGUGAGUGUGGAAAAUGCUUCACUGACCGCUCUUGCCCUAUCCAACAUCAGAGAAUCCACACAGGGGAGAGGCCCUAUGAAUGCAGUGAAUGUGGGGGAAAAUUCAGUCGCAGUUCACACCUUAUUACACAUCAGAGAAUCCACACAGGGGAGAGGCCCUAUGAAUGCAGUGAGUGUGGAAAAUGCUUCACUAACAGUUCAGCCCUUUCUCAACAUCAGAGAAUCCACACAGGGGAGAGGCCCUAUGAAUGCAGUGAGUGUGGGAAAACCUUUAUUACCAGCUCAGACCUUAUUAGGCAUCAGAGAAUCCACACAGGGAAGAGGCCCUAUGAAUGCAGUGAGUGCGGGAAAAACUUCACUCGCAGCUCAAGCCUUUCUAAACAUCAGAGAAUCCACACCGGUGGG